AUAGUCUUUACGAUUUUAUUACUCCUUGCAAUAAUUUAAUGUUUUUUUGUGCCUUAAAUUAUCCUGAGGAGUUGCCAGACUUUAUUCGCGACCGAUUUACCAUGAUUGAAAUUGAACCCCCUUCUUAUCAACAAAGAAUAGAAAUUUUGCGAGAAGAAUUAUUGAAAAAGGCUUUGACUAAAACUUUAAGUAUUCGAGGGGCUAAGGACAACAUUGCUAAUUUGAUUAAUCGAAUGCGGGUUGAUUUCUUGAUACCAGAAAAAACACUUCCUUCUGAUGUAGUUAACUACAAUUGA